AUGCAAAGGGAAGCACCUGGAUACCAUGCCCUUCAUGAACGACCACCACAACAACAGGACACGGUUACAACGCUGAUCGUCAAGCACGCACCACCAUCGAUUGCUGAAACAACCGAUCAGGCUAUUCAGUAUUUCAAGCAAUAUCAUGCUGUGGAUAUACGACUCAUGCAAAGUGCAGCCAUGAAAGGGACCGUGUUCUUGGAUUUUGCUGAUCCAGCAGCUGCAGCACAAGCGUACAGCCAGUUACAGCAACUUGAUCAAUACGGUGAUGCUUACAAAAAGAUUCGAGUCGAUUAUGCAAAGCCAAAUCCUUCAUCACGAAAUACCCCAAAGACUGCAAUAGGUGGUGGUCAACAACAACAACACGUAUCCCCCGCACCAUCGACUGCAGAAUUGAACCCAACUCCUAUUGCACCACAUCUUGGGAUCGAGUAUCCCGCCAAUCCGCAUCUACGAUACCGCUAUCCCGAUCCUUCGCCUGAGAUUCUCAACAACAUCAUGCAUGCCAUUGCCACUGUUCCUCGACUUUAUGUUCAAACACUGCAUUUGAUGAACAAGAUGAACCUCCCUCCUCCAUUUGGUCCUGUACAAAGUGAUAGUAUACCCGACAGCCUCAAGGCUGGUGACAAACGAAAACAUGAUGAGCUCGUGGCGAGUGAUGAAUCCGAACUUGAAUCGGAUGAGGAUGAAAAGCAAAAAGAAAGGAACAAGCAGGCUACGAAAUCCAAGAUCCUUGCAGCAGCAAACGAGAGGAAACGGCUAUUCCUGCGGAACCAGAAACGAUGA